UGACGUACAGGUGUUAUGUUCAAAUAAACAGGCAAUACAUCGAAUUCCAAGCAACAGUAAUAUUAACUUAAACGCGUACGCAGCUCAGUCUUAACCAAACAUAUAAGGUGUGUGCAUGACAAUUUAGGAAUAAAACGUAAAACUGUUCUGUGUACGACGAAAUUACUAUGUCACCUUAUGAAAACAUGUACCCAAAACAACCAAAAAGAUUUAUUUUAUUCUCAAAAUGCUGUUUCUGUGUUCCACUGGAGACUGGUUGUUUCAUACUUGGUUAUUUCAGCUUAAUUCUAAACUUCGUAAUAUCUGUUUACUUUGUCGGAACGCUGUUUUACAUGGCUUUUUAUAACUACGACCUUGAAUACCUCCAUAAUAAGGUGCUGAAGGAUGGAGGUACAGUCCCAGACUAUUUGGAUGGGUCCAAGAUUAUGACGACUGUUGUAGUGACUAUUUUAGAUGGAGGCUUAAACGUUAUCUGGUUUGCGAUGAGCAUAGUUCUUCUUAUUGGUCUGCAUAGGAAACGACCUGGCCAUAUAAAGUUCCAUGUGUCAGUUGCUUGUAUUCGACUACUUCUGUCGAUUAUAUGCGUAUUUUUCCAUGGCCCGUACAUGGCUCAUUCUACAUUAGUUUGUAGCGUGGAAAUUGUUUUCUCAGCGUACUUCAUCUUGCUCUACUACAGUUAUGCCAUCAUGUUGGAGCGAGAUCAACGGCCUAAGAAUCCCAAACCAGUGAUGGAAAUUAUCGCGAGUGUUAUCUCAAAGCCUCCUCAACAUAUUGACAAAGUUACUUUGACUGAGGGGGAAGGAAAUUACUGUACAGUGUAAACAAUAUUGCAUAAUUUUUGAAAAUAAUAAUAUGUUCUAUGCACAAGUUGUACAUUAUUUUUUAGUUAUAUUGCUUUAAUAUAAUCGAAUGCAAACGUAUAGUUCUGUUUUUAGAUUUAUUAAAAACUUAAAUUAUUGUGUCAAGA